AUGGGGAAGCACAGCAGAACCAAGAGUGAUGAGAGGAAACUCAAGUACUUGGUUAGUUCCCUGGGGAAGCAAAAGGCCUGUAAUUACCCAGAGCCCCGACAAGCUCAAACUUACACUCGUCCUUCUGCCGCACCUGAGAGAGGCGAAGUCCGGCUGCUGCAGGCAGGUGAGGGCAGGCCCGGCGGGGCCAGGGCGCCUUCCCGCGGCAGCGGAGGUCCUGCUCUCGCAGAGGAGCCGGGCGCUGGCGGCCCCGCGUGGCGGCGGCACCACAGACUCCACAAAGCUGCAGCCUCCCCAAAGCUGCCUCGGGCUCUCCGACCCAGCGGGGCACGGCCGCCUCCCGAGGGCAAACCGGGACAGGCAGCCCCGCCCCUCCGGGACUACACUUCCCGUCGAGCCCUGCGCCGCAGUAGUGCAGUCCUCCCAGGAGGCUGCGCGGCGUCGUGCUUUGCCAUUGGUCGGAUUCGAAAAGAAGCCGCGGCCGGAGCGGAGCGCGAGCCCAGUGAGCGGCCGGGGCCGGGCAGAAUGGAACCAACUUUGGAUAAUGAGAAGUUUUGCAGACCAUCCUAUAUUGCUAGCAUUGAGCCAUCUCCAAGAGCAGGACCAGUAAGUGUAGAAGAUAUUAAAACAGACCUUUCCUCUGAAUUUUCUUUGGUUUCUUCAGGCUCCGACACAAGCCAGAGGAGCAGUUUGGAGUCUAAGGGACACAUACAAGUUUGCCUACGUAUCAGGCCAUUCACAUCACUGGAAAGAGAAAAUGGAUCACAGGACUGUGUUUCACUUGAAGACUCAACAAACAUUGUACUGAAACCCCCCCAACACUAUUUGAAUCGACUGAGUGAAAAAGCUUCAGGACCAAUGUUACAGAAGUUCACUUUUUCACAAGUGUUUGGACCUGAAACAACCCAAGAGGAAUUCUUUGAAGGUACCAUGAAGCAACCAGUGCAAGAUUUCCUAGAUGGAUAUAAUCGUCUUGUUUUUACAUAUGGUGUAACAAAUGCUGGGAAAACUUACACUUUCCAAGGGACAGAAGAUGAUGUUGGUAUUCUGCCAAGGACUAUGGAUAUGUUGUUUAAAAGUAUUCAAGGAAAGUUGUACACAGCAAUGGAUCUCAAGCCUUAUCGAUGUAGAGAUUAUAUAAAACUGACUGUAAACCAAGUGAGAGAAGAAACUGCUAUUAAAAAUUCAUUACUUCGUCUAAUAAAAGAGGUAGACCACCAGAUUAACACUAGCAACAAAGCACCUAUGGAUUCUAAGGACUUGGAAGAUAUCUCAAAAGACUCGGAACAAUCUAUCACAACUGCAAGAAAUUACAUCAAGUUUUCUGUUUGGGUUUCAUUUUUUGAGAUUUACAAUGAAUGUUUUUACGAUCUACUGAUUCCUAUAUCAAAUGACAAGAAGAGAAAAACACUCCGCCUUGCACAAGAUAUCAAGGGAUGUUCUUUUGUAAAAGAUCUGCAGUGGAUUCAGAUUUCUGACUCUAAAGAAGCUUUUAAACUUCUAAAACUGGGAUUGAAACACCAGAGUAUUGCAAGCACAAAACUAAAUAAUAGUUCCAGCAGAAGUCACAGCAUAUUCACAGUUAAAGUACUAAAAAUUGAAGAUUCAGGAACACCAACAGUGACUCGUGUCAAUGAAUUGUCAUUAUGUGAUCUUGCUGGUUCUGAGAGAUAUACCAAAACCCGCAAUGAGGGUGACAGAUUGAAAGAGAGUGGGAACAUAAAUACCUCUCUCCUGACUCUAGGCAAGUGUAUUAAUGCACUCAAGAACUGUCAGCAGUCAAAGUUGCAGCAGCACGUACCCUUUCGGGAAAGUAAGUUAACUCAUUUCCUUCAAGGAUUUUUCAGUGGAAAGGGGAAGGUGUACAUGAUAGUAAACAUCAGCAAAUGUGCAUCAGCAUAUGAGGAAACACUCAAUGUGCUGAAGUUCUCAGCCAUUGCACAAAAAGUUUUAGUUAUGGACACAUCUAUUCUUCCCCAAGAUCAGUCAUUUAGCCAGAAAUUGGCAGGAGAAUCGUCACUGCUUAAUGUCAAUAAACUGCCAAUCCCAAGGAAAAGAGCUACGAUCCUAUGGGACAGAACCUUGGAAGAUGUGUUUGAAGAUGAAGAUGCUGAGAUGGAGGAACAGCCCAGUACGUCAAGAGAAGAAGCAGUGCAGGAAAAUGAAGGAAAUGAAGUUGUUAUUGCGAAAGAAAAAUAUACGAUGUUGGUGAAUCUGGUAGAAGAGCUGAAGAACAGACUUAUUACUGAAAAGAAAAAUAAGUUACUGCUGGAAAUAAAAAUUCGUGAAGAAGUAAUACAAGAAUUUUCUCAUUAUUUUGCUGAUCGAGAAAUGGAUUUCAAAGAGUGCCUUUCUCAAGAACGAGCACAGCUUGAAGAAAAUUCUGAAAAACGCUUGGAAAUCUUCAAGGAACUUGUAAAUAAUUACACUAAAAAUGCAGAUGAAAAAACUAAAUCACAAGAUCGGCCUUGCAGUGAGCAAGCUGGACCUCUGAAUGAAGACAACAACACAGACACAGGUGCCUACAUUGAUUUUGGGGGUGUUAUUGAUUCUCUGCAAAACGAUAUCACUGAUAUCAAAAAUCAGGCAGAAGCAGCACAUCAGUACAUUGUAUCCUUAGAGGACGCACAGGAAACUAUAGGUUACCUUGAAAAACAGCUGGCAAAAGUAACUGCAGAACUAGUUGAGUCCAAGGAAGAGCUGGAAAAGAAAACCAAAGGUUUUGAAACACAGAGGAUUAAAUUGGAUGAGUCUGCUGAGCAACUUAAAGCAGCAACUGAGAAAAUGAAUAUACAAAAUGAAAGGAUUCAAGAACUGAUUGACAUUGUGAAGCAAAAAGAUGAAACUAUUAUGAGACUACAAGUUCAGAUAACCCGUUCAGAAGAAACCAUUAAAGACUAUGAGAACACUUUGACUACCAUUAAGAGAAAAUUAGCAGAAAAGAACUCCAAUGAAGAGGUUGAAAGCAGCCAGUUCAAGGACUGUGAGGGAACUGUAUUGGAAGUGGGAAGGAAACGGUGCUUGGAAAUUAAGUAUACUGCAGAAGAAGAGCCACCCACAAAGAAAGGAGAUAAGAGAGAGAGCUGGGAAAACUACUGUCUUGAUCUAAAGAGAACUAGUAAUUCUGAGACCUACAUGGAAAUAUUAGCACUGAAGGAAAGAACUAAAACCUUGGAAGGUCAGAUAGCUGCACUUGAAGAACAAUGCCAAGGAGAAAAAAACGAAAAAGAAGAGUUAAAUCAGCAGAUAGCAAACUUGCAUCUCAAAUUCUCUGCUUCUGAAGAAAAGGUUUCUGGCUUAAGUGAAGAACUUCAACAAUGUCAAGCUAAAUAUCGGGAGACUGUUUCUGAAUUGGACAAACAGAAAACUAUAAAUAAGGAGCAAGAAGAAAAAAUUAUUCAGCUAAAUAAUGAAGUAACAUGUGCUAAGCAAAAUAUAAUUGACAAAGUGUCACAAAUUAAAACAAUGCAGUCCCAGGUAGAUGAAUUGUAUAAAUGUCACUCAGAAUCUGAUGCUGUGGAUAUCGAUUUAGUUAAUGUAAAGGAUUCCUUAGACCCUCAAAAGGAUGAACCAGAGACAGCUCAAAUGAGUCCUUUGUCCAUGCAGUUCCAAACUGCUUCUACAGCAGAUCUGAGACAGGAGAGUUCCUUUCACCAAAGUAUUGAAAACAUUUGGGAAGAAUGCAAAAUUAUGAUUAAGGCUUCCUCACAAAAAAGUCAUCGGAUUCAACAACUACUCCAACAAGUUGAAGACUUAAAGAAGAGACUUCAUGAUAGUGAGAAUUGCAAUAAUCAGCUAAAAAUAAAAUUAAAUGAGAUUAGAGAUCAUCAAUCUGUAAAGGAAAAUGAUCUUAUGAAUCAGUUACAAGAGCAAAUGCAGAAGAAAACCCAGAGUUUUGAAAAACAGGCUGCAGAAAAUCAGAGAGUAAUUGCAGAGCUUCAGGAGAAAGUUACCAGCUAUGAGGGAGAAAUAAGAGAUUUUGAAUGCCUAUUGGAGGCUUUCAGGACUAAAGAUGACAGGAUGAAAGAGUUAGAAGAAGAACUAAAAGAAAAGGAAUCUACUGUUUUAAAUCUAGAAAGUAAUACAGUAGCUCUGCAAGAGAAAUGUACCAGUGCAGACAAAAAACUGAAAGAACUCAGUGACCAAGAAGCAAAUUUGAAGGAUGAAGUUGUGCAGUUGAUGAGCAGUUUGGAAACCAUGAAACAUGCUCUUCAGGAAAAGGAGAAAAAGGAGUAUGAGCAAAUACAGUCUAUAGAACUGCUACAUAAAGAUCUUUCUGAAAGCUCUGCCCUUGUACAAAGUUUGAAAAAAGAUUUGCAGAGGAAAGAGGAAGAAUACACAGAUUUGAAAGAGAAAUUUUCUGAUGCCAAGAAACAAAUUCAGCAAGUACAAAAAGAGGUGUGUACAAUGCAAACUCAGGAGAAAUCCCUGAGGAAACAAGUUAAUGAACUUGAGAAAAUUAAAAAGCAGUUUAGUGAAGAAUUAGAGUUCAAACAGCGCACAAUCCUGCAACUUAAAAAGGAGCAGUUGAAUAAAGAAAAGCUGGAAGAAAUCUCCAAACAGUAUGAGAAAACAUAUAAAGAUCUGUGUGCAAAGGAAAAAAUAAUUGCAGAUAUGCGGAUGACAUUAGAAGAACAAGAACAGACUCAGAUUGAACAAGAUCAAGUGCUUGAAGCCAAAUUAGAAGAGACCAACAGAUUAGUUUUGGAACUGGAAACAUGGAAGCAGAAAUGUAGAGAGCUGAAUAACCAGUGCAAUAGUGACUGGCAGCAAAAGAUAAGCAAAAAUGAGGAGAAAGCCAUAAAUGAAAAUGAGGAAUUAAUAAAGCUGCAAAAAGAACUGAAGGAAAAUGAGGCAAAGUAUCAAACUGAUAGAAAAAAGUGGCUUGAGGAAAAAAUGGGACUCAUAAAUCAAGUGAAAGAAGCUGAGAACCAUCGCAACAGGGAAAUGAGAAAGUUUGUGGAGGAUAGAGAACACCACGUAAAGCAACAAGCAGAAAUUGAAAGACUUGCUGCACAGCUGGUAAAGAAGGACAGCAAUCUUCAAAAGUGGCGUCAAGAAAGAGAUGAACUAGUAGAAGCAUUGGAAGUACAGCUCAAGACUUUGGCUUCUAGCACCAUACAAAAAGAUAGAGAAAUAGAAAGGCUGAAACAGGCCACACUGACAGCUUCAGAAAAGGAUAAGGAAACUGACAUAGAAGAUCUGAAACAACAGCUGGCAGAGAAAGAUGACUUUAUAAAGGAAAUGAAACAGCAGACUAACCAUGAAAAUCCUCAGUCUUUGGCAGAAGUACCUUUACCUGAAGAAGGACAAGAUAAAACUGAUCAGUCUGUAAGCAAAGAGGACCAUUCUGAAAUUGUCCUUGACUCUACUGAAGUGUCCACAGAGGAUGGAAAAACAAGUCGGUUCCCAAAACCAGAGAUAGAAAUCCAGUUCACACCUCUGCAACCCCGUAAGAUGGAGGUGAAGCACCAGGGCAGCACCUCACCAAUUACAGUUAAAAUGCUCAAGCCAAGGAGGAAAAGGAAGAGUGUAGAGAUGAACGAGGAUUUUGUGACAAGUGAGAACAAGAGAAAUGCAAAACCUGCUAUGGCUGAUUCACCAUCUACAAGUGACAAAAAAAAGACAGCUACUGCACAAUCUCUUAGAAAAGAAUACCCCUUAAGAAGGCAAGAAUCUACCCUAAAUAAAAGGUCAGCUAAGAAGAAAGAUGGGACGCUACAGAAGAUUGGUGAUUUUUUCCAAAGUUCUCCUACUAUUAUUCACUCUAAAGCAAAGAAGCUUAUUGAGACAAUAAGCUCUCCCAAGUCUGCAGAACUAGAAAAUGUCAAAGAAAACGAGCUCAAACCAAAACGUGCUAAGAGAAAGCUGUAUUCAACAGACACUUAUUGCCCUCUGGAUAUCCCUAGUUCCUCAAUCCUUGUAGAACAAAAAGAGAAAGAAAGCGAUCAUCUAAUCAUCAAGCGACGGCUGCGAUCAAGAAUAGCAAAAUAACCUUGCAAAAGUGUGUUUAUAUUUCUUAGCUAGGACCUAUUCCAAUUUUAUUAUUCCAGCUCAUUCUGUGUAGAAAGCCACAGAUAUUUAGUCAUGCUUCAAAAUCUGUAUAUAGUUGUAUAGAAUUGUUCUGACUCCAUUAAAAUUGCAAAGUUCAAAAAA